AGGUGAGGCAAAGUUCACAUAAAACACCAGCUCCAGUACAUCUAGUACAUGACUCUAAACUAAAAGGUACAAGACACUCAUUUAUCUCUUUCACUGUCACCAGAGAAUCUCCAGGCCCCACAUGACUUCCCAGUUUACCAUCAGAACAUACUUGCCAUGAACACAUCAACAAUACUUGCUGACUUAUCUCCAGCUUAAGAGGAACCUUUUCAGUGUUAUCCCUCAUGCACACUUCUGUGGACGGAGGCAGUACUUCACAUCAAGCCCCCACCCAGUCUUUAAUGAAAGAGGAAAGCACAGGCAAAAGAGGAAGUAGGUGCAGCCACACUCAGAUGCUGCUGCAUUAUUCAUACCCCAGAGAUGCUGCCUCAUUGAGCAGCGCGGCCACGGGACAGGGGAGAAGCGUGGAGUCUGUGUGUGUGUGGGGGGGGGGGGUCGACUGCAGACAGCCUCGGUUUGACAGGAACAGGAAGUGGUGAGGAGGCCGAGCUGUACCUGGUAAACCAUGAGGCUCGUCUGUUCCUCUCUCAUAAAACAAGCCUGCAAACCAUCUCAGCCUUUCCAAAUAAAGAUUCACCAUGUGUCUAAGCUGAAUCUGGAGGGAGCGUCUUCAGCCCUGGCCCGACUGGCAACUGUGUGACUGGUGCUGGAGGUCGACAUGACACAGAACAGUGCCGGGACUGGUAAUGGCACCACGAAGAAGGGAGAUGAACUCAAAAUUGUGAUUGUUGGAGAUGGAGGCUGCGGGAAAACAUCUCUUCUGCUCGUGUAUGCUCGAGGAAAUUUUCCAGAGAAAUAUGCUCCAUCAGUGUUUGAAAAAUAUGUCAGCACCAUCUCUCUCGGAGGAAAAGAGAUACAGCUAAACCUGUAUGACACAGCCGGACAGGAAGACUAUGACAGACUGAGACCGCUCUCUUACCAAGAGGCCGACCUGAUCCUGGUGUGCUUCGACGUGACCAACCCAACCAGCUUUGAGAAUGUCCUGAUAAAGUGGUUCCCUGAGGUGAAGCAUUUCUGUCAGGACAUACCGGUCAUCCUGAUUGGCUGCAAGACCGACCUCCGGAAGGACAAGGAGUGUGCCAGGAAGCUGAAGGCCUUGAGUCUGUCUCCCAUCACAUACACGCAGGGUGAAGAGAUCCGGCAGCAGAUGAACGCAGAGCUCUACCUCGAGUGCUCGGCCAAGUAUCAGGAGCACGUAGAGGACAUUUUCAGAGAGGCUGCCAAAAAGGCUCUGGCCUACUGUCGGAAAAAAAACAAGUGCAGGAGGAAGAAGGCAUGUGUGGUUUUGUGAAGUGGAAGGGACGGAGCCUUGAGGAGCCCACUCUGCAGACGAGGCCCCACAGGUGAUGACUUCACGAAGACACCAAGAGAUGGUUCUGUUCCUGCAAGUUGAGGCACCACUGAGUCAUGAGUUCGUCUCCUUUUACCGAAAGUGAUGCAACAGGAAAGUCGAUUUUGCAAGAAAUGGCCGGGUGGAGAUAUGUGCAAGUCUAACAUAACUUGAAAUGAAAGCAAUAUAGAUUUUUUUGGUUACUUAUUUUAUACGGAUAUAUUAUAUUUCAGUUAAAAAAGUUAUAUGGUUUGUUUUAUUGGAGAAAUUUGAAAUCAGCUCUUAUUUAAUACAUUUUCCAGAGGUUUUUAUAGGAUCAAUUAAAUGUCUGCCCCGUUUAAAUGGUGUUCGGUAGAAAACUAGCACCCUUAUAAAAUAGUUUUUGAAAUUGAAUUGAUAAUGGAUCUGUAGCUUUAAAUCUUAAGAAAAAAGGAGGGUUAGUUCAUUUUCAGUAAAUCUUAACAUUGGCCUCGAAUGUUUUCACUUCAUCAACUGAAGUUCUAAUCUUUGCCAACAGUGCCCACCAGUGUUAAAAACCUGGAAUGCAUCAGAGUCGAGUCACAAAGGCAACACUGAAUUAAAAUAAGUUGCUUUAGGUUUGAGUGAAGAAAUUGCAAUUACGUGUUUUUAAAUAUUUCUUUACAAGAAUGUACACAGAGAAAUUGUCCACCGUCUCUCGCCACUGAUCGUGUUCAGGCACCAGUUACAGAUUCAAGAAGAUUGAUGAAAACAUUUAUUUAGCAUCGGCUACAUCAUAAAAACAAGGAAGUCUUUCACUGUGUUGUGCAUCCUGGCAGCUCAUGUAACAUUUUAGUCUGUAACUCGUCAAUCAUCAAUAAAAGUGAUGUGUAAAUACUGUGA